CCCGGAACCGGCCUCAGAACAGUGGCUGAACCUGAGGCCGCAAGCCCUCCCGCCCCAUGGAGCGGCCCCCGGGGCUGCGGCCGGGCGCGGGCGGGCCCUGGGAGAUGCGGGAGCGGCUGGGCACCGGAGGCUUCGGGAACGUUUGCCUGUACCAACAUCGGGAACUUGAUCUCAAAAUAGCAAUUAAGUCUUGUCGCCUGGAGCUAAGUACCAAAAACAGAGAACGGUGGUGCCAUGAAAUCCAGAUCAUGAAGAAGUUGAACCACGCCAAUGUUGUAAAGGCCUGUGAUGUUCCUGAGGAAUUGAAUUUUUUGAUUAAUGAUGUGCCUCUUCUAGCAAUGGAAUAUUGUUCUGGAGGAGAUCUCCGGAAGCUACUCAACAAACCAGAAAAUUGCUGUGGACUUAAAGAAAGCCAGAUACUUUCUUUACUGAGUGAUAUAGGAUCUGGGAUCCGAUACUUGCAUGAAAACAAAAUUAUACAUCGUGAUCUAAAACCUGAAAACAUAGUUCUUCAGGAUGUUGGUGGAAAGAUUAUGCAUAAAAUAAUUGAUUUGGGAUAUGCCAAAGAUGUUGAUCAAGGAAGUCUGUGUACAUCUUUUGUGGGAACAUUGCAGUAUCUGGCCCCAGAGCUCUUUGAGAAUAAGCCUUACACAGCCACUGUUGAUUAUUGGAGCUUUGGGACCAUGGUGUUUGAGUGUAUUGCUGGAUAUAGGCCUUUUUUGCAUCAUCUGCAGCCAUUUACCUGGCAUGAGAAGAUUAAGAAGAAGGAUCCAAAGUGUAUAUUUGCAUGUGAAGAGAUGACAGGAGAAGUUCGGUUUAGUAGCCAUUUACCUCAACCAAAUAGCCUUUGUAGUUUAAUAGUAGAACCCAUGGAAAACUGGCUACAGUUGAUGCUGAACUGGGAUCCUCAGCAGAGAGGAGGACCCAUUGAUCUUUCCUUAAAGCAGCCAAGAUGUUUUGUAUUAAUGGAUCACAUUCUGAAUUUGAAGAUAGUACACAUCCUAAAUAUGACUUCUGCAAAGAUAAUUUCUUUUCUGUUACCACCUGAUGAAAGUCUUCAUUCACUACAGUCUCGUAUUGAGCGUGAAACUGGAAUAAAUACUGGUUCUCAAGAGCUUCUUUCAGAGACGGGAAUCUCUCUGGAUCCUCGGAAACCAGCCUCUCAAUGUGUUCUGGAUGGAGUUAGGGGCUGUGAUAGCUAUAUGGUUUAUUUGUUUGAUAAAAGUAAGACUAUAUAUGAAGGACCAUUUGCUUCCAGAAGUUUAUCUGACUGUGUAAAUUAUAUUGUACAGGACAGCAAAAUACAGCUUCCAAUUAUACAGCUGCGCAAAGUAUGGGCCGAAGCAGUGCACUAUGUGUCUGGACUAAAAGAAGACUACAGCAGGCUCUUUCAGGGACAGAGAGCAGCAAUGUUAAGUCUUCUUAGAUAUAAUGCUAACUUGACAAAAAUGAAGAACACUUUGAUCUCAGCAUCUCAGCAACUGAAAGCUAAAUUGGAGUUUUUUCACAAAAGCAUUCAGCUUGACUUGGAAAGAUACAGUGAGCAGAUGACUUAUGGGAUAUCCUCAGAAAAAAUGUUAAAAGCAUGGAAAGAAAUGGAAGAAAAGGCUAUCCAUUAUGCUGAGGUGGGUGUUAUUGGAUACCUGGAGGAUCAGAUCAUGUCCCUGCACACUGAAAUCAUGGAGCUGCAGAAGAGCCCCUAUGGACGACGUCAGGGAGACUUGAUGGAAUCUCUGGAACAGCGUGCCAUUGAUCUAUAUAAGCAGUUAAAGCACAGACCUUCAGAUCACUCCUACAGCGAUAGCACGGAGAUGGUGAAGAUCAUUGUGCAUACUGUGCAGAGUCAGGACCGGGUUCUCAAGGAGCUGUUUGGUCAUUUGAGCAAGUUGUUGGGCUGUAAGCAGAAGAUUAUUGAUCUACUGCCCAAGGUGGAAAUGGCCCUCAGUAACAUCAAAGAAGCUGACAAUACUGUCAUGUUUAUGCAGGGAAAGAGGCAGAAAGAAAUAUGGCAUCUCCUUAAAAUUGCCUGUACACAGAGUUCUGCUCGGUCCCUUGUAGGAUCCAGGCUUGAAGGUGUAACCCCUCAGGCAUCAGCAUGGCUGCCCCCAACUUCAGCAGAACGUGAACAUCCUCUGUCAUGCGUGGUAACUCCUCAAGAUGGGGAGACUUUAGCACAAAUGAUAGAAGAAAAUUUGAACUGUCUUGGCCAUUUAAGCACUAUUAUUCGUGAAGCAAAUGAGAAACAGGGCAAUAGUAUGAUGAAUCUUGAUUGGAGUUGGUUAACAGAAUGACUUGCCAUAUACUGACUAUCCCAAACCUAUGAAGUUGUUGCUACACACAUUGGAAAUUUGUUUUACUCCUAUGAAACCAUUCUUCAGACACCAGUCAAUGGAAGAAAUGACUGUGACCAGAAACUACACGAUUUCACAGCACAACAUUUUUACUUUGGGUAAUUUUAACCUCUGAACAGAUAGAAUUUAAUGAGUCACUGGACUUGUUUAAAUACUACAGCUACUUAGGAGCAUCAUUGAUAUCUAUCUUCAAACUUUGUAAAACAUUACUUAUUUAACUUGACUAUUUUUUAACAUUUAACUUUUGGGCAUAGGCCAAAAUAAUGUAUACAGAGAUUUCAACCCCAAAUGCACAUUUGAUUGUAUCCCUUUCCUACAGAAGGGAUUGUGCAUUUGUGCCUUUAAUACCAAUCGAUUCUUUCAGAUCUUAAGUGUGCCAUGUGUAUAUGUAUUUAAGAUGUACAUUUAAUAAUAUCAAAGAGAAAAUGCCUGUUAAUUUAUAAUGUAUUUGAAAGCUUAUCUGUGUUGUCAUUUGUAAAAAUGGGUCUUUUGUUUAAGAAACCUUUCAUGUCUUGUCAUAUAAAGAUUUGCACUCCUUAUCUGUAAUUCCAAAAUCCAAAAAGCUCUGAAAACAAGGUUUUUCAUAAGCCUGGUGACAGAAUUCAUGUUCUUGCACAUCCAAUGUGAACUGACAUUGAAUCUGUCCCAUUUAGUGUGAUUUUUUUUUUUUUUUUUUUGCUGCAGAAAUAUUAAUGUGUUUGAUUAUUUGGGGGUCGGGUGCUGCCACAGACCCUGCCUGGGGUUUAUGUAGCAUGGUAUAUGCACUGAAUUACCUUUUUACCUUUCUAAAAUCUGAAAAUUUUAUAAUUCUGAAACACCUGGCCCCAAGGGUUUCAGAUGAGAUUGGGCAUGUUUGGUGUGGUAUGGCUGUAGGCAGGGUUUCAGAUAAAGGAUUGUGGAUCUAUCUGUUAAAUAAUUUACAAGGUAUUACUUGUUUAAAAAAAAUGUGAAAUGCUUUUGUAUUCUAGAUGGUUUUUCACUGUGUAUUAAAUAGUUUUUAAAUUAAUUUUUGAAUCUCUAUUCAUUAAAAUCAGAUUAUAAUAGAAUAAUUG